AUGGAGGGGCCGAGUCUGAGGGGUCCUGCGCUCGGCCUGGCGGGGCUUCCCACCCAGCAGGACUGCAUUCAAGAAAAAAUAGACUUAGAAAUUCGAAUGCGAGAAGGAAUAUGGAAACUCCUUUCUCUGAGCACUCAGAAAGAUCAGAUUUUACAUGCAGUUAAGAAUCUCAUGGUGUGCAAUGCUCGAAUAAUGGCCUAUACAUCGGAGCUACAGAAAUUGGAAGAACAGAUUGCAAAUCAGACUGGAAGAUGUGAUGUGAAAUUUGAAAGUAAAGAACGAACAGCGUGUAAAGGAAAGAUUGCCAUAUCAGAUAUUCGAAUACCACUAAUGUGGAAAGACACUGAUCACUUCAGCAAUAAAGAACGAUCGCAAUGCUAUGCCAUUUUUUGUUUAUUCAAAAUGGGAGCUAAUGUGUUUGAUACUGAUGUGGUGAAUGUAGAUAAAACAAUCACAGAUAUAUGUUUUGAAAAUGUAACCAUAUUGUAA